CAGUGUAAUACAGUAAACCCACCACCGUUCCCAUAAGUUCAUGAUUACCGAAAACAAUUCAUUAAUUUACUCAGUGAAUAGAAUGACAAGAAAACUUAAAAGUUUCAUCGUAAUAAUCCUGUGAAAAAAGCAUAAAAAUAAAACACUAAAAAAAUGUAUGGGAAUGCGGUGUGGGUUCAGCCGAUAGUAAUGAACUCUGUUAUGUAUUCUGAAUUCAUGCGAAUGCAUACAACGUCUAUAUUUGCUAAAAUGUUAUUGCUCUCCUAAUAACGCCAAUGAUGGCUCAACCUACAAUCUCAAUUUAUGCAAGGUUGUUAGGUUAUCCGUACAUUAUCGCGAAUUGGAACGAACCAAAUGAAGUUAAGACAAAAAAGCCCCGAAAGUGAACAAAAAAAAGGUUUUUUUUCUGAACAAUUAAUUUGCUUCUUCGCUGAUUCAGACCGCUAGACUUUGUCGUUUUCAAUAUAUUUACAAUACGAAUCAAACAAAAAAACUUCUUCUGAAUUAUGAAGUAAUAUUUUUAUGCAUAAUUAUUACAUUGUUGUCUAAUGUGUGUGCAAUUAGUGUCUGUUAUGUGUGCCAACUAAAAAUACACUUAAUGCCGUUAAAUGGCAGUGAAAGUAUAUUGUUUUGCUGAGCUGUUGUACGAAAAAAAAAAAAAUUUUAUUCAGUUCGUCCAUCAGUAAAAAGAGUGAAGAUUUUAUUUCAGUUCGUGAAUAUAUUUGGAGCAUUAAUUGAACGAACAAAAAGUGAAGAGGUAACUGUUGAAAUAUUACGGAUUAUAUGUUUUAAAAGAGAAAAGGGAACAAAACAUUAUACGUUGGUUUCAAGCAAUUAAUUAUUUUCUAAUUCAUAAAACAACAACAAUUGAGACAAUUGCUACUUGUGCAGAUGCAUUCAUUCAUAAAUUAAAUCAACGAAUUGUAACCGUAGAUACAUAACAAAACCAAACGAACAAAAAAUAACAAAAAAGAAAUUACAAAAUUAAUAUAAUUAAUUAACCAGUGGUUUUUGUAGAGAGCGCAUACAAAUUCUAUGAUCAAAUACAAAAUGUACAAGUGAGUGCGUUGCACUACCACAAACAUUUUUUAAACAAAAAAAAAAAAAAUUACAACUAAAGUAACAUUAACAGUGAACUACUUGAAAAUUAAUAUUUUAUUUUGUGCUAUAAUUGCGUUGGCGUUACAUGUUAUCAGUGCAUAUAAUUGUGAAUUUUAUGCCAUUUUAUCAAACGACAUAAAUAGGAUUGGACAUGAAAGUGGUGUACUUUGUAAUACCAACGAAAAUGAGGAGAAACCUGAAAGUAGUGAUAUUCCUGUCAAUUUCAUGGAUGUUCUUUAUGGUGUAUUACUUCCAGUCCGGCACAACCAAGAUGGAAAACAGAGCACUUAGACUAAGAGAAACAUUUACUGCAGCGCAACUAAUUGAAGACUUAUCACCAUCAACUUCACCUUCACACCAACUCGCACCGAUACCUAAUGUUCCCGAUUCAUCACCACGAAUGACCUUUGAUUAUUUCGAUGAAAUUGGCUAUGUUCAACGCGGCAGCUUAAGAGCCGGCGAAGAUCCAUACGUUAGAAAUAGAUUUAAUCAGCAAGCCAGCGAUGCAUUGCCGAGUAAUCGAAAUAUUCCGGAUACUAGGAAUGCAAUGUGCCGAAAAAAGAAGUGGCGGAAAGAUCUGCCACCGUCGAGUGUUAUAAUUACAUUCCACAAUGAAGCAAGGUCAACGUUGCUAAGGACUAUAGUCAGCGUCUUGAAUCGAAGUCCUGAUCAUCUUAUAAAAGAAAUAAUUCUUGUAGAUGACUUCAGCGAUCAUCCCGAGGAUGGACUGGAGCUGGCGAAAAUAAACAAAGUCAAAGUUAUUCGUAACGACAAAAGAGAAGGAUUGGUACGGUCACGUGUGAAAGGUGCAAACAUUGCAACGGCUGAAGUCCUAACAUUCCUAGACAGCCAUUGCGAAUGCAAUGAAAACUGGCUGGAGCCUUUAUUAGAGCGUGUUGAUGAGGAUCCAACGAGGGUUGUGUGUCCGGUGAUAGAUGUAAUCAGCAUGGAUUCAUUUCAGUAUAUUGGUGCGUCAGCCGAUCUUAGAGGAGGUUUCGAUUGGAAUUUAGUCUUUAAGUGGGAAUAUCUAAGUCCACAAGAACGCGCUGCCCGACAAAAGGACCCAACAACGGCCAUUAGUACCCCCAUGAUAGCCGGUGGAUUGUUUGUAAUAAACAAAAAAUAUUUCGAAAAACUGGGAAAGUACGACAUGAAGAUGGAUGUCUGGGGCGGCGAAAACUUGGAAAUUUCGUUCCGUGUAUGGCAGUGCGGUGGCAGUCUGGAAAUAUUGCCGUGCAGUCGAGUUGGUCACGUUUUCCGUAAACGUCAUCCGUACACAUUCCCCGGGGGAAGUGGAAAUGUUUUUGCUAAAAAUACAAGACGAGCAGCCGAAGUAUGGAUGGAUGAGUACAAACAGUAUUACUAUGCGUCUGUACCGUUAGCGAAGAACAUUCCAUUCGGAAAUGUUGACGAUCGUCUGAAAUUGCGGGAGGAUCUACAGUGUAAACCAUUCAAAUGGUACUUGGAAAAUGUGUACCCUGAACUAGUGGUUCCUGAAAGUGCUCAGACUGGUACCAUACGACAAGGUGCAUACUGUAUGGACACCUUAGGCCAUUUAAUUGAUGGGACAGUUGGACUCUACCAAUGCCACGAGUCUGGUGGCAACCAGGAAUGGACUUAUACCAAAAAGGGCCAGGUCAAACAUUACGAUCUGUGCUUAACCGUCGUUAAAUUUGCGAAAGGCUCAACUGUUAUCAUUCGGCCGUGCGACGAUACCGAAAACCAAAUGUGGAAGCUACGUGACAGCGGUCUCAUACAGCAUGCCAAAAUGAACGUGUGCUUGGAUACUCGAUACGUCCAGCAGCGUGGCGUCACGGCCGAACGAUGUAAUUCUGGAAUUGAUUCGCAGAGAUGGCGAUUUGUACAAAAAUACUCGUGAAAGACUACUUCAGUUUAAGCGUUCUGUGAUCAUCGUUUUAUUUUGUUAUUAUUAUUGACUAGGCGAGCGAAAUUGCGGUUUCGAUCUAAUUCUUGGAGGUUUUUGAAAUUUAAAUAGAAAGGAGAACUUGUGUCAGGCGGUCAGAAGCUUUGAACUCCACUGAGGGGUACAAUGAAUUCCAAAGUAUAUUGGCAACGAAAAGACUAAAACGACAUCUAAUAACUAAUGUUUCGAAUGACGGUACACUUUCUUGGCGGUAUUAAUCAAUUGCUAACCUUCUGCAGACACCGAUGACAAAAUUCUGUUUAUUGCAGUCUUAUACGCGUGUGCAAAUGAUGUGAAGCCUUGGUAUCCAGUAUACCUGGAAUUUGUUUGCUGCAAAACCGGAUACCGAGAAAUAUUUCGGGUUCAGCUGGAAUAAAUAAUGAAAAGGGGAAAAGGAAAAUGACUUGAAAUCGGGAAAUGACCGGAAAUUGGUAAAUAACAAGAAAUCGGAAAUGACCGGAAGUGGGAAAUUUCACUAAAAAUCGGGAAAUGAUAGGAAAUUGGGAAAUGACCAGAAUUUGGGAAAUGACACGAAAUAUGGAAUGAGCGGAAAUUGUUUUCCAGCGUUAUCGAUUAUGAUGAAAUGAUGCCAUAUAUGUGUUUGGGAACCUUAAAGAGGAUCUACGUAGGCAUAUGUUGGUUCAUUGGAAGUCGCAAAAGUUUUACCGGGAAAUUUGUUCGAAUUUUAGUGGAUACCGGGAGAAAACGGAUUUGGAUACCAGGAAGAAAACGUUGUUUGCACACGCGGUCUUAUAUAACACCUACAGGUUAAAAGUUGAAGUCAGUCAGUCAAGUAAAGCAUUGUAUCAGUCCGUUAUAAGUUCGUAGAUCAAAAGAUUCGAUAGAAUAUUAAUUGGUGAAUUGUUUGACGUCUGCUGCAGUGAUACUGUGUAAAAUAGGUUGUGCGAUUAGAUAUCUUUGUCCAAAGUUUCGAUACAGCUUGUCCCGAUAGAUAUCUACGAAAAGCAAAACGUAUUUCACUUCUGAACCACUUCUAAGGCGUAAACUUUAUAAGGAUAACUUAUAUAGAUUAAAUAAAGCCAGAAUCAGGCUUGUUCUGCUGGUCAGUGGAUCGAUUCGGACGGAAUUAUUUAGAGAAAAAUUCUGCAGUUUGGUCCCAAAAAAUUCAAAAAGAUUCUAUAUAAAUUGGAACAGAGCCAGAACUAAACAGAAGUCAGUCGAAUCAAGCUCUGACUUCUAUUGACUGACUACACCGUAUUCCACGAUUCCAUAUAACACAUCUGUACAUCUGGUACAUUCCAUUUUAGCAUUUUUUUUUUUGUUCGUACAGUUUGAGGCAGUGAAAUUUCGGCAUAAAUUUCCUUCAGCUGUUUUUCAGCAAGCAAUCAAACCAAUUUUCAUGAUUUUUCCACUAAAGACUUAUAAACAGUUUUACUUGUUUGUGUGGAUCAGCUGAAAAACAGCUGAAGCAAAUUCAUGGUGAAAUUUCACUGUCUCUGACUGUACUUUUGACGUGACAAUUUACUGGCAGACCAAUUUUUGAAGAAUACUUGCUCACACUUUAUAUAUAUAGUUGGGACAAUGAAACAAUUAUACCGAACACAAUUAACCGCAUAGCUGUACCAAAAUGUUUAUAAAUUUUGUAUUAUUAACCUUUUUGAAACUGCAUGACAUAUUUGUAGUCGACGCAAGGCUUUAUGGUAAAAAAAGGACUGUGACGGUCGUUUCUGAUAGGGUUAAUAUUAAUAGUUUGGCGAUGAUAUAUGUUCGCCGCGUCACAGAACAUAAUUUGUAUUUUGAGAUGAUUUUGUGGUACUGCGAGUUGUGUUUGGAUGUCAGACAGGAAUUGUUUAAGAUUUUAUCAGUUGCACUCACAAAUGGACAGAGGAAUAUAUUUUCGGUAUUUUCAUGUUCUGAAUUUCCGAGAAAGUAUUGAGCACUGCCUCAUAGUCAGAGGCAUUGAAAUUUCAGCAUAAAUUUGCUUUAGUCAGUUGAUCCACACAUACAAUCAAAAAUGUACGAUUGAAGAUGUUGUCUUCAUGCGUGUGGUAGUAGUAAACCUGUAUAUAGACGUAACUGUUUUGAUUGUUUGUGUGGAUCAGAUGAAAAACAGAUGAAAGAAAUUAAUGCACAGAUUUCAUUGCCUCUAACUGUAAUUUGCUUCUAAAGAGCAAGUAGAUGGCUGCUAUGAAAUUCUUCCUAGAUUAGACGAGAACAUGCGUCAUGCUUCCUUUUGUUUAAAUAAAUGUGCUGCUGUGCUGUAAAUACGAAAAAAUGUAAAUAAAUAAGAGUCGAUCGAUGACUUAAUCUUUUAUGUUCGGGUUUGUUUUGAAAAAGUCUUACUUGUACGAACCCUGUCACUUUGCUGUGAGUUUUUUUUAUACAGUUGGUAGUGUCCUAUAAAUAAUUAGCACUAAAUCAUGAUUGCCAACGUUAUAAAACUUGAUUUAUAUACGUGAAAAAACUAAUGAUC